GGCAACGUAACUCAUGAGUCAAAACAUUGGAGAAAACUAUUAAUAUGCAAAUCACCAUGCAAUCACUAUUCAUACCAACUUUUCUCCAAAUUUUAUUCUUUUCCUUUUAUAACUCGAAGCUGAAUAUCUUAGGAAGUAUAUUAACGAACCACGCUCUCCUUCGUCUCCGUUUCCCGUUAGAAUCCAGCUCCAAACAUGUCUCCAACAAAGACCCACGUCCUCGCAUACCCCUUCCCCUCUUCUGGUCACUUAAUACCCCUCUUAGACCUGUGCAAGGCCUUAGUCUCUCGUGGCAUAAACGUCACCGUUUUGGUUACUCCGCCGAACCAACCCUUAGUCCCAUCCAAUUACUCCCCACUUCUCCAAACACUCGUCCUCCCGAACCUUCAAUUCCCAAAUCCGAACCAAAACAGGCUCGUAGCAAUGGUCACCUCCAUGCGCCAAAACCACUACCCGAUCCUCCUCGACUGGGCCAUGACUCAUCCUUUACCCCCCAAAGCCAUCAUCUCAGACUUCUUCCUCGGCUGGACCCACUACCUCGCCCGUGACCUCCAUGUGCCACGCCUCGUGUUCUCUCCUUCUGGCGCCUUCGCACUUUCCGUCUCUUUCUCCCUUUGGCGCGAUCUUCCCCAAAUCGAAAACAACGACGUCGUUUCGUUCCCGAAACUGCCGAAUUCCCCAAUUUACCCCUCGUGGCAGCUCACAUACCAUUUCAGGGAGAGCAAGAGAGGAGAAUUUGAAUGGGAAUUUCACAGGGAAAACAUGCUCCUGAAUCUAGAAACAUGGGGCAUCGUUUUCAACACUUUCACCGAAUUGGAGCGCAUUUACCUCGACCAUGUGAAGAAGGAGCUAGACCAUGAGAGGGUCUGGGCCGUAGGUCCAGUUCUUCCUAAUCCGGAAGACGGUUCGAUCGGAUCGGAAUGCCGCGGCGGUUCAAGCACUGUGAACCACGACGAUCUCAUAAUGUGGCUCGACUCGUGCGAGAGCGGUUCGGUGGUGUAUGUCUGCUUCGGGAGCCGUACGGUUCUUACGAGUGAGCAGAUGGAUGUGCUGACGCAAGCAUUGGAACUCAGCGGCGUCCGUUUCAUAUUGUCCGUGAAGGAUCUUGACACGCGACACGUGGAACGGGACCACCGUAACGUUCUAAGUGGACUCGCGAAUCGGGUGGGGAAGAGUGGGUUCAUCAUCCAGGGAUGGGCCCCGCAGAUGGUAAUACUGAGUCACCGUGCCGUGGGCUCGUUCUUGACUCACUGCGGGUGGAACUCGACGCUGGAAGGAGUGGUCUCCGGUGUUGUGAUGCUGACUUGGCCGAUGGGUGCGGACCAAUACACUAAUGCGAAGCUGUUGGUGGACCAGUUGGGCGUGGCGGUUCGAGCGGCGGAGGGGACGGAGAAUGUUCCGGAACCGAGCGAGCUGGCGAGGAAGAUAAAGUGGUCGUUGGAGAGAACUACGAAGGAGAGGGUAAGGGCUGAGGAGCUGAGAGGUAAGGCUUUGGGUGCGAUCAAUAAGGAUGGGAGCUCUCAGGAACAGUUGGAUAAGCUGGUGGAAAAGCUAAGUGAGAUCAGGGUUGUUCAAGCGUGAU